AUGGUCUCAAUAUUGACAGUGAACAAGGCCAUUACCCACUACACCACGUUGUCAGUUGCUAGCCGAAGGCUCCGAGCGUUGGGAAACUUUCGACGAGCUUUUCCUCAGCCGCCUGUGGGGUUUAGCAGAAUUUUAUUUCCGAUUCCGAGUACUCUCACCUAGGCCUAUCCAUCCACGAAGUCUCAAUUCUCAACUCGUUGUCGAGCGGAGACCAUGCCCUAGUGAGAAGAUAACGUUUUUAGCUUUUUUUCAGCUUUUUUUCAAGCCUCCAGUUGAAUUUUUGAUGAAACUUUUCAAAAUGCCUCCUAGGACCUCCUGAUUCUGAAACAAUAACUUACAGGGUGGCUCAAAAUUACCCACACAAAAGUUUGACGCCAUACAGCAAGGCAAUUCUGGGCGCGUGUUAAUUGAAAUUUGGAUUAAUUGUAUGUUUUUCACCAUUCAGCCAAAAUUCAGAUCAAUCGGUUUUGUUUUCAGUAAAUGGCAUUCGCAGACAAGAUGACCGCUGGUCGACGAGAACGACCCACUGGAUCCCGAGAAACAUCAAGCGCCCACUCGGGCGCCCACCGACCAGAUGGACGGACUACUUUCGCAAGAACAUCAGUCAACCAGGCCGCCACUGGAUGACCGUUGCGCAAGACCGGGCCGCCUGGAGAACGUGUGGUCCACGCUGA